CACUAGAACCAGUAGGUUACGGACCACCGACAAAACUGGUCGUUGCAGAGACGCCGGUUCUUUAUUCUAAGUUCCAAUGCAUAACUCUUUUUAUACUUAAAGAUACUAAACGCAUUCGCAGAAACUCAGAAUAUCUUUAUAAAUCUCGCUUAAUUCAUUUAGUGGAACCUUAUUCUUAUAAAAGGAAAUUUAUUACUCUUCUAAAACGAAAAUUAUUUUGUUUUUUGCGAAGAAAUACAUUUAUUCCGAAUUCAAAAACUUUUAUUUAAGAAGAUACUGCAUUGUAUUUUUAUAUGGCAUUUUUCGAGGAAUAAUUCCUACGUAUUAUGAUUUAUAUGGUUGUCGUCAUAUAAGGAUUAUUCACAAGUAGCUGAAAACGGCUAUAAUUUUCUGAAAAACGUGGAAAUUCAGCUGAAAUGUGCAAUAAAGAAAUAAAUUGCAAAAUCUUCGUUCGGAAAUCAUUUUAAUGAAAAAUAAAUUAAAACAAAUUCUAUUUCUGAUAAAAAUUUACAUAAAAGUUUGACUCGAAUUUAUGAAUGUUUAAGAAAGUUAUCUAAAGGACAUGAUUUGCACCAGUGUUAUGAAGAGCAUAUAUCAGCAAUUCCUUUUACGUCGAUCUAUGAUGACGUCAUUUUAUUUAGCAAUCAUUCUCUUAGCAGUGCCUUUCUGCAUAAUAAUGCUUCUAACAAAGGGUCCAGCCAGUGUUUCGGACAACGUAUCCCUCCAGCAACAGAUAGCCCAACUGAAAGAACGCCUACGCCAUGCGAAGAUGCUUAGUCAAGAAAGACUGCGGGACAUUACAUCCCUUCGCCAGAGCUUUGACCACGUUCUGCAGACGUCCGGAAUCCACAAUCGGGGCAGUAGUGCGCGGCAGAAUCCCAGUGUGUACCUGGGCAGAGGAACGUUGUGGCAGCAGCAGCACCAUGUUGUGCCAUACAGCGGGGCUACUUCUACGCGCAAAGAAAGAGACUUUGAUGAGACUUUGGAUUUACAACUGCCUUCUUUGCAUCAUUAUCUUCCUCAUCUUUUAAAUAAUUUUGAUGGACUUCAACCGGCGGUGAAAAUCGCAGGUUCUCGAACUGGAGUUACUAUGGUGAUGGGGAUACCAACUGUCAAGAGGCCCAUUGAAAGUUAUUUGAUUCCUACGCUAGAAAACCUUAUUGAGAAUAUGGACGAAAAAGAGAAGGAGGAUGCAUUGCUUAUUGUCUGCAUAGCCGAGAUCGAUCGAGACUACGUGAAAGAACAGACGCAGGAGAUCCGUAAUCGGUUCCAGAAACAUUUGGAUUCUGGUCUUUUAGAAGUGAUAGCUCCGCCAGAGGGAUACUAUCCGGAUUUCAACAAUUUAAGAAAUACAUUAGGAGAUACAGUGGAAAGAGUAAGGUGGAGAACGAAACAAAACUUGGAUUAUGCUUAUUUGAUGAUGUAUGCCCAGGCGAAGGGAACGUUUUACGUUCAAUUGGAAGACGACAUCCUGACUAAGCCGCAUUACUUGACGAUCAUGAAGAACUUUGCCUUCAAGAAGCUGAGGGAGAACAAAGAGUGGAUCAUUCUGGAUUUCUGCCAACUGGGUUUUAUAGGAAAAAUGUUUAAAGCUGUGGAUUUAUCUAAAUUGGUGACGUUUUUCGCAAUAUUUCACAAUGAUAAGCCAGUAGAUUGGCUUCUUGAUCAUAUGAUCCAGACUAAAGUGUGUCGAUUUGACAGGGACAGUAAGGAUUGUAGAAAGCAAAAGGAUAAUGUGUGGAUACAUUAUCGCCCGUCGCUUUUCCAGCACGUUGGUACACAUUCGUCAUUGAAGGGGAAAGUUCAAAAGCUUACGGACAAACAGUUUGGAAAAACUCUCGCCCGCUAUCCUCUUCGCAAUCCGAAAGCUAUAUUGCGCACUACUCUAAGGACAUACGGAGAUCACACUCUUUCCAGAGCUUAUAAAGGCGAAACGUACUUUUGGUCGUUCAUGCCAAUGAAAGGCGACAACAUAACAUUUCAUUUUUCACCGCCUGUUUUAAUUGAGAGGUACUUCUUUAGAAGUGGAUGCGUGGAUCACCCAGAAGAUAUUCUGGUCAACGCUUCUGUGCAAGUUCUCCCAGCGGUCACUCCGAAGUUUCCGGAACUAAUUCCCUAUCCCAACACGUCUGACAGGUUCUUAGUGGUGGGCAGCUUCUCCGAUACAUCUGGCGUUGCAGAAGGUUCCAUCAUUCCGACAGUCGGACCCGUGACCGUUCUCAGAAUCCACAUUGAGGAAGAAGUCGAUCACUGGGUUGCUUUGAGCGAAAUCAUUCUGGAAGCUGCACCGAUGCAGGCCCUCAUGGCAUCCGUUUACAACAUCAGCUAUAUAUUCGCUCCCCCUACAGCCAAAACGGCAUCCGGAUUGCCAUAAAGUCGGGAGACAUAAAAUUAUAUCGCAGCAAUACAUCUGUGAGAAGGACGGUGAGUGCUUCGGCAGGGAUGGAGGAGGGAGACGCUUUAUUGUUGCAAAGGUUGCAUACUUAAUGUGAUUCUAUGGGUGCAUUCUACAGUCGCAUAAUCUUUGGUGAACAAAGAUUCAGUAAACUUCUUUCUCUUGAGUCAGGAUGAAAAAGUAGCUGUGCAACAAGAUGAAAAGCUUUCUUCGCUCGUGAUCCUCCAUUUCCAGCCAUUAAUGUAUGCAAUAUUUAUGUGUACUUCAUAAUCAUGAUGUGACGAAUAUGCGACUACACUACAAUGUGUUUAUUCCCAUCAGAAAUCACGCCCUUUUAUCAUGCUA